AUGGAGCGAAGCUGGUCGGCCGACACCGCCUCGCCCAUCAUCGAGCGCCCCACCUUUGACCUCACCAAACCCCGCAAGCAUGCUCGCAGACACUCGAACCAGGACAGCAGGGAUGGCGUCCGCGAGUGGCGCAAGUCGAAGCUGACGGCGACCACGAGCAGCAGAAGGCAUAGCCAGGACCUCGCAGAGAGCUCGGCCGUCCGCCGCAGGCCAAGCCCCAGCGGCCUUGCGCAGACCGGCGGCGGCGGCAGCAGCAGCAGCCGGAAACAGCAGGGAGACCCGUCAAAGCCAAGAAAGCAGCAAUCGCUACCCAACGAGCUCGGCACGGCAAAUGCACAAUGGCCCGCAGGCAGGCUCCUGCACGUCCGGGAGGCGAGCGUCGAGACCGACUCGAUGACGGAGCGCGAGGAUCCCGACGACCUAUCGGCCGCGCCCUAUUCGAGCGCAGCCUACUCUGCCGGGCCUUCCGGAGGCGCGCACACCGGCUACUCGUCCAGUAGCGACGAAGGAGGGUCCACGUCGGGAUACGAGGGCUUCGACUGGGACGUCGCCGUCAAGAGGAGCACCGAGCGGCCACGUUCGUUCCACGGCGAGCUGCACGGCCCUUACCCACCGGCCACCGGUGCGACGGCGGAUCCCGCAUCAAGCGUAAGCGGCGCCACCCAGAAGUCCAAGAGGGCCCUCCUGCGCAAGGCCGACGGGAAUAGCAGCGGCGCCAAGAGCCUCUCGCCGAAGAAGGCCUCACUGGCGCUGCCAGGGGAGCAGGUUUCCACGGCAGGCAGCAACGGCAAGGCGGCUGCGGGCGCCAGCGGACCGACGACAAAGGCCAAGGGCGGCGCCAACGCACAAAACGGGGGGUCGGUCGCAGGCAACGACAAGAAAGCUACGCCGCCGGCGUCGCCCGCGGGCAACGAGGCCAACGCGCAAAAUCGCAAGCGGAGGCGGCGUGGGCUGCGCGUCAACCCGACCGUGGAAGCCCUCUUUGUGCUCACAGCCGCUGGUGCCACCUACCACCUCAUCUCGCUGGACGAGCGGGCCGAGACGCGGUGCCACGCCUUCGAGCUCGGUGCAGUCACCGUCGCCAGCGCCCUCUACUUCUUCCUGCGCAACCAGUGGGAGCAGGGCGCCAUCUGGGCGACGGACCACCGCAACUACCGGACCUGCGGCGACGACGGAGCCCUGAUCGGCCUUCUGAUACCCCCGAUCAUCGCUGCCACGAGUUUGCUGUCGGCGCUCGACGACCAGGCCGCCACCAAGGCGAGGGCCUCGGCUGCGGGCGAGCCGCUGCCGCGACCGCCUUGGAUCGUCGAGGGUCCACCCCCGAUCCUGCUCCACGACCACAAGCCCAUCGCCGGCAUGACGUCGCUCGUGCUGUCCCGCUACAACCUCAUCAGCCUUACCUGCCUCACGUCGACCGCGCUGCUCUGCCACCUGCUCGCCACGAUCUGGAUCAAGCGGCCGCACGAGUUCCCUCGGAGUAACUGGAGGAAGCUCGGCAGCUUCACCCUCUUUGCCUGUAUCCUGACGGCGGUGCUUGAAGGCGUGCGCGAAAUCGCCAUGUACCACGGCGUACCGCUGUGGGCCAACAUGUACCGGUGGGAGGUCGUCACGGCUUGCAUGCUGUUCCAGGCCAACCUCUACACGAUUUCCAGGCUGGCGCGCAAGAGCUUCACCCUUGGCGAGCUCGGCAUCGUGGCCGCGCUCGGCGUCACGCUGACGAUGGAGACCACCAACCUGACAAUCGCAAAGCUGCUGCCGGUGACUACACCGUACAUCAAGACAUUCCGACGUCCGACGCCGCUGCUGAUUUUCCAGCUAGCCCUGGUGGUCGGCACGUUUAUCGUGGGCUUCCUGCUCUCGCCGCUCCUCUACCUCUCGCGCAACCUCGCGCAGAAGCCGACACACCGCCUCCGCUGGCCGGACAAGCGGAACCUGCACCGGAGGUUGCUGGCGGGCUUCUUCUACUUCUUCGCCGCCGUCUACGUUGUCGGCGUGUUGGGCAUGUGGGUGCGCUGGAUGCUCGUCAGGCGGGACCCGUGGAUCUGGGCGAUCCAGUUCCUGGUCAAGGGCCCGAAGCCGUGGUCACGCCCGGUGCUGGUCGCCUACUGGGCCUUGCUGGUGGGCGGGUCGAUCCUCGGCUGGCAGACGGUCGUGGCGCGCGCCAAACGCUUCCGCGGCCUCGGCCCGGCCCCGUACGGCCGCACGCAGCAGGGCAAGCUCAACAACACUGCUGUCGCGACGGUGCCGUCGAGCGACGCGCCGGGCGGCCUUGAGCUCAAAGAGGCGGCGUCGCGGACCAACGGCGUCGCGAUCAAGCUGACCCAGCCGAGCGGCACGGCGCUGGCCAAGGAGAGCGGCGCAACGACGAUCAAGAAGGCGGCCCACCUCAGCCUCAACGCGAAGCGCAAGUUCUUCCACGCGCUGGCGGUGCUGCUGUUUGUGCCGGGGAUUGCGUUUGAUCCCGCCUUCACGCACCUUGCCUUCUCUCUGGCCUUUUCCGUCUUCAUCUUUGCCGAGUACGUGCGCUACUAUGCGCUCUACCCGUUCGGCGCGUCGCUGCACGUCUUCAUGAGCGAGUUCCUGGACCACAAGGACUCCGGGCCCGUCAUCCUGAGCCACUUUUACCUCUUGACGGGGUGCGCCGCGCCGCUGUGGCUCGAGGGACGGUCGCAGAUCCUGCACCAAUCUGGCGUGCUCGUGCUCGGCGUCGGCGAUGCGCUCGCCUCGGUCAUCGGACGGCGGUACGGCCGGAUCUACUGGCCCGCCUCGUCCAAGACAGUCGAGGGAUCCCUGGCCUUUUUCGCCAGCAUCGUCGCGAGCGCCUGGCUGCUAAGGCUGUCGGGCCUCUGUGCCCACUUUAGCCUGUGGAAGUACAGCUUCCUCACGGCCUCGCUCGGAUUGCUCGAAGGCGUGUCGGAGCAGAACGACAACCUCCUCCUGCCCAUCUUUGCCAUCAUGAUUGGCUUCCUCAUCAAGAUCUGA